AUGUUGCCACCACGCCUCUCCAUAGAGCUCGACCGUACCGAUCCCGGUGUCUCUUUCCGCGCAUCCCCCUCGCAUGUUCACCACACAUGGGCCCGAACAUUCCACUCGCGACCGGAGCUCUAUAUCCGCCCACGGAGCCUCGAAGAGGUCCAGAAAGUGGUCAAUCUUGCGCGUCGCAUGCGGAGACGAGUCGUCACUGUAGGAUGUGGACAUUCGCCCUCGGACUUGACAUGCACCUCGUCAUGGAUGGUCAACCUCGACGAUUUCAAGCGCGUGUUGGAUGUGAACAAGGAGCGCAAGACAAUGACAGUGCAGGCUGGAAUACGCAUGCAUAGCUUGAACCUUCAGGCCAAGUCCUACGGUCUGACAAUGCCAAACUUGGGGUCCAUUGACGAUCAAUCUCUAGCUGGAGCGAUUGGUACAGCGACGCACGGCAGCUCGUACAACCACGGUCUCCUCUCCGACCGCGUCCAAAGCUUGCGGAUGGUAUUAGCGAAUGGUCAGGCAGUUCGAUGCUCCCCGCAGCAGUCUCCCGAUCUCUUCCGCGCGGCAUUGGUAUCACUGGGUGCAUUAGGUAUCAUCGUAGAGAUUGAAUUCCAAAUGGUUGAGGCAAACAGCGUGGAGUGGAUACAGACCAUUCAGCCAAUCGAAGAUGUACUAGCCGAUUGGAACAACGGACUAUGGACUUCCAACGAGUUUGUCAGGGUAUGGUGGCUUCCAUACAUGAAGCGUGCGGUAGUGUGGCGCGCAGACAAGACCACCAAGGCGCAUCGGCAACCGGAGUACAAUUGGUAUGGUGGCAGUGUCGGCUACCACACCUACCACAUCUUGCUCUGGAUAUCACAAUAUGUUCCGCGCUUCUUGCCUUGGGUCGAAUGGUUCGUCUUUGGCAUGCAAUACGGUUUCAAGGACGGAGCUGUCAUCUCCGGGGUCGGCGAACAACGUACUGAACUCCUCAUGAACUGCCUCUACUCUCAAUAUGUGAACGAAUGGAGUGUCCCUCUUGACAAAGGCCCCGAGGUUUUGACUCGCCUCACAAACUGGCUUCAUGGGGACGAACAAUCUUCUGGCCUCCCGUUUAGCACUAAAGGUCUCUACGUUCACUCGCCUAUCGAAGUCCGCAUCACAAAUACUGUCAACCGGGAACCGCGUCCGUAUCUUGAUACUUCUUAUUCGAACACGCCCGCCCUAUAUCUUAAUGCCACGCUUUACCGACCCUAUGGCCAAGAUCCGCCUUGCCGCGAGCGCUACUAUGAAGCCUUUGAGCACCUGAUGAAGGAGUACAACGGACGACCCCACUGGGCAAAGAACUUUCAGUCUGUAGACCACAGCUAUCUCUCUUCGGUAUACGGCAACGAUCUUGAUGAGUACAACCGUGUCCGCACUGAGGUCGACCCUGAAGGCAUGUUUCUCGGUGCCUGGCACCGCCGCACUAUUCUCCCUCCUAAGACCGACCUUCCUCUGCUACCUCUCGAAGAAAAGGAAGUCGUGCGCCGAAGUCGCCGUACCGGUGGCGUGGAUUGGAUCGGUGAGCAGGCGCGCUGGUUUGACGGUGGCCUUGAUGUCUUUGAGAAAGCUGGUAGCGACUCUGGAGAGAGCUUCGAUCUCAUGGCCGAAGCUGAGGCGCACAGUAGCGUGCUACUCGAAGGUUUGACAGAUGAGUUGAUUGUUACGGAAGACAGCUAUAAAAUGGAGGUUGAGAGCAGAAUAAGGGAGGAUACAGAGGAGUACAUGACCGGAACAAACGUUUUCAACAAAAUGUAG